GAAACUGGAGCCACCAUUAUGAUGUCCUAGGCUUACUUGAAAGUUUGUUGUAAACUGUAUCUUAACCUGCUCACUUGCUUAAAGGCACCAAGACUGAGCAGAUAUAAUGGCUAUAACUGAGAAAAACACAGAAGACUGAAAGAUUAGAAAUGGAUUCUGGUAAAUCAGAGCCGCAAGAAAAUUCUCCUCGAGGUGGACCCACGGAUACAGAGCACAGCAAUAAUUCUACUUUUUAUUCUGUACCUCUGGAGAGAGGUGAGACACCAGUUAUGGAUGCUGACCUGCCGGCUCUGGUUGAAGAAAAUGCUUUUCAGGCUUUGAUUGGAGGGACUUUGACAAAAAGAGCCCGUUUUACGUUUCCCGAUGAAAGUCUGAUAAUGGAAGAAAAUGAAUUUUUCUCCCUCACCUUUCCUAGAAAGCUUUGGAAAAUAGUUGAAAGUGACCGAUUUAAGUCAAUUUGGUGGAGUGAAGAUGGAACUCACAUAGUAAUCAACGAGGAGCAGUUUAAAGAAGAGAUUUUGGAAAAGAAGAGGCCUAUGAGGAUAUUUGAAACUGAUUGUAUGAAGAGUUUCAUCCGCCAGCUUAAUCUCUAUGGCUUCAGCAAGAUUCGACAAGAGUUGGAAAGAUCUGCCUCCCUUGACAGUUUUUUAAUGGAAGAAAAAGAAACUUUUCCAUCAAGCAAGUUACAGUUGUACUAUAAUCCCAAUUUUAAAAGAGGCUACCCUCACCUGGUCUCAAGAUUGAAGAGAAGAGUGGGUGUGAAAAAUAAAACUAACCAUCUUUUAUUGACAAGUCAAAAUGUUAGCAACAAUUUCUUAAAAGGGGAUUACUAUCAUUUAGAAGACCAGAAAUUUGCUUUGACUGGCAGGCCUGCUGAGAAAUGUUCUGCUUUUGCUGCUGCUUCCUCUGCUUCUGCUUCUGCUUCGGCUUCUGCCUCUCCCUCUGCCUCUGCCCCUGCCUCUUCUUCUUCUUCUUUUUCUUCUUUCCUGUCUUCUUUUCUCUCUUCUUCUGCUGCUGCUUCUGUUUCUUCUCCUUCUUCUCCUUCUCCUUCUUCUCCUCCUCCUUCUACUUCUUCUUCUUCUUCUUCAACUUCAAGAGAGAAGGGGCCAGAAAGUGUGGAAAGCAGACAUUUCAGUGAAAAGAAAUCUGCCAGCAGCCCAGUUUGCAGAAGCAGCUUCUCCACUUCCUCACUCUUGGGAGGAACUCCUCAUGCUAGACUGAACCAAUUCACUCCUUUCCAUAUGGCUCAUCUGGGAGACCAUCCUCAAUUGAAUAUGCAUGGUACAGACGGAAUUGCAGCUACUGCAUCUCUCUAUCAUGCCAUCUGGAAUGGUUCGUUUAGGUGUGUGGCAUACCCAGCAAUGUACUCCGAGUUGACAGCCAUACAGGCCCACGUGGCCAGCCUUCUGCCUUUUUGUGGCCCAUGCUACCCAAUGCCUAUGGUGGCCACUACCUCUGCUUCCUCAAUGGCCAUGCCUCCGGAAGAUCGACCAUCCUCUCAGUAUCAGCAUUGUCCCAGUUGCAGCUGCACCUCUCCAAACAAGGGGCAGUGUUCCGAAGGGGAUCCAAGGGGCGACUGAUAUCCAGGUUACCACUACUGAAAGCAACCCCACCCCUUUUUUCAUUUUCUUUUUAAAGAGGCA